GAGCGGGACGCCUGAUAACAUUCUCUUAUUUGCUGUCUUUCAUAUUCUGAAGACGAUGAUUUUGCUUCUUCUUCCUACAUGAAGGGAUCACAACUCCGCAAUGACAUAGCGAUUGAAGAUGGAAGUGAGGAAGCAGAAAGAGCAGUAAUUGCAAAACCUGUUGCUUCAAGGCCUACUUGCUCCACCUUUAGACCUGUCUCAAAACCGCUUGCAGGUGCCAUUAAUGUCUCUUUUUCCUCUGUUCACUCUUAUCAAACCUCAGAUUCAGCCAUCAGACCCAAAACUGUGAGGUCCAGGCCAUCCCCAUAUCACCCCCUUCCUCCUGCUGGUUUUGAUUCUUCUCAGAGUGCAAAAUCUGACAAGAUUUACAAGCCAAUGGCAAAAGUUGCAUCAAAGACCACUGCUUCUCUCUUGGCAAAUAUGAGAAAUUGCAGUACCGGUCAUCAUCAGCCUCCACUGCAAGAAAAGUUCAGAGACUAUUUACACCCAAAAGUUGAUACCCCCCAAGCAACUGAACCCUGUAAGGUGGAGGAAGACACAAAGGCUUUAACAUUCGAUAACCAUGGCGGCCGACCUUCUUAUGAUGGAUUCAAGUGGAGAAAAUAUGGGCAGAAGCAGGUUAAAGGAACCGAGUACCCGAGGAGUUACUACAAAUGCACAUAUCCUAAUUGUGCCGCUAAGAAGAAGGUUGAAAGAUCACUUGAUGGUCAGAUUGCAGAAAUAGUAUAUAAUGGUUCACACAAUCAUUCAAAGCCUCAGCCUCCUAAGCGAAACUCGGCUUUAUUAUCAGGAGCGGCGGGCGACGAAAUGAGUCAAGACAGUGACACAAACAACAAUUUAUGGAGCAGUGACAAUGGAGAGAGGAAAGAAGGAAAAACUCCUCUGUUAGAUGGUGGGGGAGGAGGCCUUGAGAAUUCGUGCGCUCAAACUGGGUAUUGCGAGGAAGGAGGAAGAAAGGAGUUUGAGGCGGAGGAAGAGCCUAGAAGCAAAAGAAGGAAAAACGAGAGUAGCAAAUCCUAUGAAAUAGCAGUUUCAGAGGAAGGUGAAGGGCCUGGAGGAGUGGUGCCAAAUUAUGCAGAUUCAGAAAUAGUAGGGGAUGGGUUCCGCUGGAAACAAUAUGGGCAGAAGGCUGUGAAGGGCAAUCCAUAUCCCAGAAGUUACUAUAGCUGUACUAACAUGAAGUGUAAGGUGCGAAAACAUGAUGAAAGAGCAAUAGAUGAGCCAGGAGCAGUUAGGACCAAGUACGAGGGAAAGCACAACCAUGAGAUGCCUUGACCACCAAGCAUGAUUCAAUUCGAUUCAGCGGCCCUACUUGCUGCAAACUUGUUGAUAUUUUUGCAUCGUGGAGUCUCACUGGUACUCCUUCCCCUGCGUUUGCUUCUCCCUCGAUUCCAACAAGUCCUCGUUAGUAAGAAAUAAUCGGUGUUGUAAUCCACAAAAUGGACGCUUGUUUAAUCUGAUGGAGUUAGAUUGUGUAUUUCCUUA